CAUUUCCUACAGCUAAAAGGAAAUUGCUUGUUUCAGGAAACAGUGAGCUGUCUUUUGCAAAAGAAAGCGUAACAUGGAGGAUGAAAAUAGAAUAACAACCCUAGAGGUGAAUACGGCUUUCAUCAAAUCCAAGAGGGGGAUCCUGAAAGUAGCAGAGAUGGCGACUCUGCUCGUGGCAUUUGUGUGUUUCGCUGUAGCAUCGAGGCCAAAGUACGUCACAGCCACAGUGUUGGAGUUUGUGAUCACUUCACUCCUGCUGCUGCUGUACGCGUUCAAACUCAACAAAAGACUGACCUUCUUCUUUUGGCCUCUCGUUGAUGUUUUUAACUCUGCGUUUGCAGCAGUCUACUUUAUUGUCUUGAGCGUGCUGGCGAUGACUACAUACACUGUCACAGGCACACUGGUUGGAGGGAUAGUUGCUUUCAUGUCAGCUGGGCUGCUGUGUGUGGACUGCUUCAUGCUUUUCAAGAACAUCACAUUCAACAAGCCCAGAAGCGAAGCUCAAGACAACCAAUGACUUGUUUGAGUAAAGCUUCUUCUCAAUUUGUUUCCCUUCGACUUCAAGCGUGUACCAGUCUUCGGCCUCUUAUGAUUCCAGUCGUCGUAAUUCGAAUUGAUAAUGCAACUUGUUUCUGAAAGAUGUUUUUAGAUGUUUUUUUUUUUUUAAUUGACACAUUUAAUGUAAACAACAAAUAUCAAUAAACAUUGUUCAUUUA